GAGUAAACCGAGUACUACUCGGACCGAAACUGCCAUCCUUACAGUUUGCCACUCGUCCAGUCGUCCCGUCACUCGCCAGCUGACUGCCCCGGUGCUAUCAUGGUGUCCCUCCUCCUCCUCCUCUUCCUGGCUGUGUGCGGCGUGGGAUGGUCCGAGGGAAGGUAUGAGCCUGAGUGGAAGUCCCUGGAUUCCCGGCCACUGCCCCCCUGGUAUGAUGAGGCCAAGGUGGGCAUCUUCCUGCACUGGGGGGUGUUCUCCGUCCCUUCCUUUGGCUCCGAGUGGUUCUGGGAGUACUGGCAGGGAUCCAAGUCACAGAAGUACGUGGAUUUCAUGAAGAACAACUACCCGCCAAACUUCAGCUACCAGGAUUUUGGGCCACAGUUCACAGCAGAGUUUUAUGAUCCUAAAGAGUGGGCUGAGCUGUUCAAUGCUUCUGGGGCCCGCUAUGUUGUGCUGACCACCAAGCACCACGAGGGCUUCACACUCUGGCCCUCCAAGCACUCAUGGGGAUGGAACAGUCUGGAUGUGGGGCCAAAGAGGGACCUCCUGGGUGAGCUGGUGUUUGCCAUCCGGUCCACCACACCUCACAUCCACUGUGGGGUGUACCAUUCCCUUUACGAGUGGUUCAACCCGCUGUACCUCAGAGACAAGUCCAAUUUGUUCCUCACCAAUGACUUUGUGACCCAGAAGACUCUCCCUGAGCUGUAUGAGUUGGUGAACAACUACCAGCCUGAUGUGAUAUGGAGCGACGGAGACUGGGAGGCGUUUGACAAGUACUGGAAUGCCACACACUUCCUGGCGUGGCUGUUCAAUGACUCCCCAGUGAACGAGACAGUGGUGGUGAAUGACAGGUGGGGUCGAGGCAUCCCCUGUCACCAUGGAUCCUUCUACACCUGCGCUGACAACUACAACCCUGGCAUCCUACAGCCUCAUAAGUGGGAGAACUGCCUGCCUGUUGACCGUCACUCCUGGGGCUUCCGUCGUGAGGCUAAGCUGGCCGACCUGCACACCAUCCACGAUCUUCUCACCCAGCUGGCCAUGACUGUCAGCUGUGGAGGCAACAUUCUCAUCAACGUUGGCCCGACACGUGAUGGCCGUAGUUCCGUCAUGGAGGAGCGACUGAGGCAGAUGGGGUCCUGGCUGGCCAUCAACGGGGAGGCCAUCUAUGGAAGCAAGCCUUGGACUCACCAGAAUGAUACACUGACUCCUGGUGUUUGGUUCACCAGUAAGGGGGGGACAGUCUUUGCUAUAGUGCUGAGCUGGCCCAAGGAGAACGUCUUGUCUCUCGGCUCAGUGAAGGACACGCCACAGACCAGCAUCUCCCUCCUGGGCUACACCGCCACACCCUACACACUGCAUGUUGGGUUCCACCCCACCACUCAAGGCAUCAAGAUCAUGUUCCCCUCCAUGGCUGACGUCAAGGGGCAGUGGGCGUGGGUUCUGGCCAUGAAGAAUGUAGUACCAGGUCCCAAUGCUCCGGCUCCCCCAACAACCAUGACCGCGCCAAUCCCCAGGCCUUAGUGGUGAUGCGGUGAAGCUCCUCGCCACACUACAAGUCAACAUUCCACGGCCUCUAGUUUGGUUCCUGUUGCCUUCUCUCUGUUAUUCAUUGCCAGGUCUUAGUGGUGAUGUUCUGCGCCACACUAGAUGUCAAUAUUCUUGCUUGGUUCCUGGUGCCUUCUCUAUUAUUCAUUGUCAGGUCUUAGUGGUGAUACUCCUCACCACACUUCAAGUCAACAUUCCACGGCUUCUUGCUUGGUUCUUGUUGGCUCUUCUCUGUGUUACCCAUUGCCAGACCUUAGUUGUGAUGCUCUACACUGCUAUAAGUCACCAUUCCGUAGCUGUUUGCUUUGUUCCCCUUGUCUUCGCCUCUCUUUCCUUGAUACCUAAAGAGAAUGUUGCUAAAAGGUUGAACUGUGUUGUGGAUAGGAUUUUUUUUUUUUUUUUUUUUUUUUUUUUUUUUUAGGAAACCAAGCAAGGAUAAAAAGAAUGGAUAAAUAAUGUCCUUAACAAUCAGGCAUCAACUCACUAUAUAUUUUGUCUAAUUUUUAUCAAGUUUGUGCAUUUCCAUUUCUGAUGUUACCCAAUACAAUUCCCUGUAUAUAUUCCACUGUAUUCUGGCAUUUUGAGAUCAUCUAACACUGAUUGCCUCAUUUCAACUUUAUUUUGGCAUUUCAAGGUCAACUGACAUUGGUUGCCUUGUAUUCCAUUGUAUACUGGCAUUUUGAGGUCAUUUAUUACUAGAUGCCUCAUAUUUCCACUGUAUUCUGGCAUUUUGAGAUCAACUAACACUGAUUGCCUCAUAUUAUGCACUAUAUUCUGAUAAUUUUAGUCAUGAUUAGCUGCCUCAUAAUUCCACUGUAUUUUGGUAUUUUUGGACAAUGUAAGACAGUUUAAUUCAUUAUUUCACGGUUUUCUGGCCAUCCAAGACUGUUUGCUUCUUAAUUUCACUGCAUUCUCUUCCCCCAAGACAGUUUAAUUCAUGAUUCCACUGCAUUCUGGCACCCUAAGAUAGUUUAUUUCAUAUUUCUACUGCAUUAUGGCCCUCUUAAGGUAGUUUACUUCUUAAUUUCACAGCAUUCUAUUCUCCCAAGGCAGAUUACCUCAUGACUUCACUGCAUUCUGGCCCUCUAAGACAGUGUACCUCAUGUUUUCUGUUAGUUUUAAGUGUUUAGUGAAGUUUACUGACCCUGGAUGAACUGCAGUGCUUGGAAGGAGAGCUAAGACAGUUCUGGUCAUUGUGUGAUAUGCUAUUGUUGUUUUUUGUUCUCAUAGGUUUUAUUGUGUUGUGUUUUGCGUUGUUGUGUAUUUGCUAACCAGAGGAUUCUUUAUUGUUUUUUUUCUGUUAGGUUUAUGUGUAUUGACGAGGGCUAAGCACAAAAUUAAUGUCCAAAAUAGUGAUGAUGUGAAAGAAAAUUUAUAUUAUGAGAGAUUUAGUUUUUGGUGGCCUGAAAGUUCAGAUGUAUUUUGUUUUAUUGUAGAUUUUACAUUAUUUUUUUAUUUGAUUUGAUAUUUAUUAUUUGAUAGGCAUUCAUGGUGAUGUGUUGUAUGGAACUUAUUCAGAAACUGUAUUUUACACAAGUAUUGUUAUUAUUAUUUAUUUAUUAUUAUUAUUAUUAUUAUUAUUAUUAUUAUUAUUAUUAUUAUUAUUUUAUUUAUUAUUUUUUUUCAAAGUACAUCACAAGGUUAAAGUUGCUUGCUGCAUAUACUUACAGAACCGAGUAUUCUCUUCAGUCACAUCACAUUGAUAGUGGACCAAUCCUUCAAGGCCAAAUGAAUAAUGUAUACUAUUACUCUGAGGCAAGACAUGUAUUGGAAGAAGUAUUAAUUAUAAGUGUGUUGCUGGUUUCUGUGCUCAUUGUGGCAAAUGAUCCAGUGUUUUAUAAGUUACUAAGUGUUUUGGUAACUAUAUGAAGUUUGAAUACAUGAAACUUGUGUGCUGUGCUUUCUUGCUAUAUUUUGUGAAGUUUGGGUAUGUGUACAAGUGAACUAAAAUACUGUAAUGAUAACCAUCUGUGUGGACUUGUACCUUAUGAUAUAAACCCAGUGAUUUGUA